CUGGCGCGUCUCAAGGCAGGGCUUCGGCGGACCUCGAACAGCCUCACCAGCGGCAUCGGGGCCAUCUUCACCGGCCGCCGUCUGGACGAAGCGGCGCUCGAGGAACUGGAAGAGCUUCUUAUCGCCGGCGAUCUCGGCGCGGCGACCGCAGCCGAGCUUACGGCAGCACUCGCUCAGCAGCGCUUCGGCGCGGAAGUGACCGCCAUCGAGGUGCGGCGCGCACUCGCCGAUCAGAUCGCCGAUCUUCUCGCACCGGUCGAGGGCGCGCUCGCGAUCGACGACGACGCGAAGCCCCACGUGAUCCUGGUGGCUGGCGUCAACGGCACGGGCAAGACCACCACCAUCGGCAAGCUAGCCCAGAGCCUCAGCCGCGAAGGGAGGCGCGUCAUGCUGGUUGCGGGAGACACCUUCCGCGCCGCCGCCGUGGAGCAGCUCACGAUCUGGGGCGAACGUGCCGGGGCGCCGGUGGUGGCACGCCCGGACGGCGGCGACCCCGCCGGCCUCGCCUUCGACGCGCUGGAACGCGCCCGGGCGGAAGGGAUCGACAAGAUCGACCGCGUGCUCAAGAAGCUCGACCCGCGCGCGCCGCACAGCCGGCUCCUCGUGCUCGACGCGACCACGGGCCAGAACGCGCUCAACCAGGUCGAUGUCUUUCGCGAGGCCAUCGCCGUCGACGGCCUGGUGAUGACGAAGCUCGACGGCACGGCGAAGGGUGGCGUCCUGGUGGCGCUGGCACAGCGUUUCGGCGUGCCCGUGGUGGCGCUCGGAAUCGGCGAGGGGAUCGACGACCUGCGCCCCUUCGAGGCCCGCGCCUUCGCCACCGCCCUGAUGGGACUCGACGAAUAG